UCCCAGGUGUGGGCGGGGCUUGGCGGCUACGCGUGGCGGGUGGAGUUCGGGUCCACUCCCGCCUGGAUCCCAAGUCCACUCAUGCUGGAAGCCCGCGAACCACGCGGAAGCGCGUCCUGGCCGACAGCCCGCGGGCGGUGCGUGGGGCAGGUGUCUGGCCCCAUUCUCCGGCCUACUUCCUCGGAAGCCGCCCAUUCUGACGAGUCUCUCGUCUAUGGAGGGGGCGCCGGCCUGGGACCCUGAAAGCUUGCCAGCGCUCAGAGGGCCCCCUGUCUGAUUGGCCCCUUCGACCCCGCUCCCUCAGGGGCCACGGCGGCCGUCGUCGGGACACAUAGGGUUCGGGGGGGGGGGGGCUGUGAGCCACCCAGGAGGAGAGGUGGAGCUGGUGGGCCGUCGCCCUUCUCUGGCUGCAAUCAGGCUGACAGUCCUGGUGGGGGAGGGGGCCCGCCCCGAGGUUGCCGGGGACAAAGGUCCUGGGCUCCUCGUCUGAGCCUCCUUUCCCCCAUCCCUUCCUGUCCCCAGUGGGGCCCAGUGCCCUCCUGAGCUGUGGACACACUGCCUGGCCAGUCCUGGGGUCCCAUGGGAGAGCCUCAGCCAGCUCAUCAGCCAUGACCCCUUGGCCUCAAUGCUCUCUCUGUGGACCACACUGAAAGCCUCUUCUGCCCCAGUCAGUCUGGGCCGUGGGGGGUCUUCCCCCACCUGCUCCUGUCAUGCUCAGCACAGGAGGGCCCACAGAAACAGAAGUGGAAAGUUUGAAUAAAUGAAUGAUGAAUGAAUGAAGGUGAGGUGGGGGGCAAAGGUGGGAGGGCACUUGUCUUGUGGUUAGGCCUGUCUGGGGCCUCACUUUUGUUCCAGGGCGGAGGGAACAGUAUCAUGGUUAUGGGAAUGUCCCCAGGGCACCCUGCGAUGGCCUGGGUUGUGGAGAUGGCAGGGGAAGGUGAGGUUUCUGGUGUGGGGGUCAGGUAGGUGAGCGUCAGCCUCGAGGGCAGAGGCUGUGGGAGGCACUUGGGUGGGAGUUAGAGUUCCGCAGGCCCCUCCCCCAGCUUCCCAGGGCUGUCCACUGCUUCCUCUUCUGCUCAUCAGCUGGGCCCACUGAGACCCACAUUCUCAGGUGUGUGGUCCUGCUGGCUCGUGGAUACCCAGGGCAGCAAUGCACCCAAGAGCCACCGAUCGAUUGCCACCGUCAGGCUGGGGAGGGACUGUGGGAGCCUCCCUCAAGGUUGGUUGGGGGUGUUGGGCUGAGUGAUGACCAUAGCAGACCCUGCUGGUCGCUCUGUGGUCCCCUGGGCCUGCGGAGAUUAGUUGGGCAGCAGCUCAGCUUCUCACAGCUUCUCCUUCAGGCUGGACCAGCCCCCAAGAUAAGGAGGUGGGCCCUGGUCUGGGGUCUCCCAGGAGGCUCCUGGUAACAAACAGCCCCUCCCCUUCUGGGUGCUAGUAUCCAUGGCAACGUCAUAGAGCCUUUCUCUCCCCAGGCCUGCCUGGGUUUCAGGCCUCAGGUGAGUGCUGGGGGUAGGGCCCUGGGUCUGGGGGGACAUAGGUGUCGAGGGUAGAGGACCAGCACCUCUGGGGACCCUUGCUGUAGUCUGGGGCAGGACCUCAGGUCCUGGAGGGCAAGGGUGACAGGGAGGAGACCACAAGGAAUGUAGAGAGCCCAGGGACAGGUUGCCUGGGGGUGUGACCUGCUGCCCUGGGCUGUUCAGAAGCACACAGGUGUGGUCACCCACAUGACCAGCAGUCUGGUGUCCUAUGGGGUAGAGACACCCCCCCACACACACACACACAUACACACGGGCCUCAUGUGCAUGCGGCCAUGGAAAGAGAGCCCCACAGAUGUGCCCACACACAGGACACAGGGCAGACUGCCCCACCAGCCCUCUCAGCUCUUCCAAGAAUAUCAAGAAUGACCCCCAAGUCUUGCCAAGAGGCUGGAGAAGCUGAGGAAGACCCACCCUUGUCCCUGGUGGACAGAGAGCCAAUCAGUGGCCACCUGGGGCCUCCAGCUGGCAGGCCUGCAGACCUGGUGGCUCCCGUAUGCCUGCAGGACACCAAGCCAAGCUCCACACCAAUAGUCUCCUCUAUCAACCUGCAGCAUUGCAGGUUGGCCCCUGAGUGCCUGGACCCCCACACCCUGGGGCUGUUGUGGAGGCAGCGGGAGCUGGAAAUCCAGGCCCUGCGGUGUGCCAUCCAGAACCGCGGGGAUGCCCGGCGUGGCCGCAUCCUGCGGGAGGUGGCUGGGCUUCCACUUGAGAGGAACUCCUGCAGUCAGGAAAAGCUCCUGCAGGUGGAGGUCCAGAAGCUGACUGUGGAGUUAAAGGAACAGAAAAAACAGGCCCAGCUGGAGAAGGAGCUUGUGGAGGAGCAGUUGCUGCAGAGCAGGGCAGCGCUCCAGCAGCUGGAGGCUGAGCUGCACGCCCUGCACAAGUCUUGCCUCCUGCAGCUGGCCCGCUCCUCCUGGGUGGGCCGGGUGCUGCGGUCAUCCACCGGCAGCGUGGAGGUGGUGACUGCAGAGACCCUAAUGGACCUCAGUAGCCUAUCUGAGAGUGACGAGGCUCCCCCCGCUCAGGAGGAUUUCCGGUUGGAGGAUGUGGACUGGAACAGCAUCGCCCAUCGAUACCCCAACCUCUUCACCGACAUCAAGUCGAACUUGGAUCACAAGCACCCUGGGCCCUGGCUGUCCCCAGAGCUCCCACCAGCCCAGCCGCCUGACAAGUGUGGCUCAGAGCUGUGCAGACAACACAUGGAGCGGCGUAUCAAGAGUGUGGAGUGGAGCUCUCUGCCUUUGGGGGGCAUGAGCAGCUCGGGGGGCACCGAUUCUGACUUGAGCAGCUCCCAGCUGGACAUGAGGUUUCCAGUGCAUGUGAAUGGGCACCCGCCCCAGGCACCAGGCCACUCUCCUGAGCAGACAGAAUCGCAGGCCAGGAGCUUCGGCAGGGGCUCACAGGCAGAGCCUGCAGAUCUCCCAAAAACCCACUCAGACGAGUCAGGCAAGACCGUCCUGGCACCCAGGUCCCAUGCAGAUCCGGACCACCCGCAUCCUGGGCUCCAUUGGAGUCCCAGCCAGACGAGCUUCUGCCUGAAGAUCGUGGCAGUGAGCCGUCGCAAGAGGUUCAUCCGCAUCCUCAACGAGUCGCAGGAGGAGACGGUGGACCUGGGUGGCUUCACGCUGCAGCAGCUCUCGCGCCACGUCCCCGUGCGCCUGUACCGCUUCCCGCCCCACACGCUGCUGGCGCCGGGGCACCACGUCACGGUAUGGGGCGAGGGACCUGACAGCACCAAGAAACAGCCGCCUUCGUUCCUGGGCCAGGAAUCCGUCCACUUCCACUCCAACCGGGGCUGCGUGACUCUCCUCCUGAGCCCUAAGGGCGAGGUCCUCAGUGAGCACCAGGACCCGCACUGCGUGACCCCCGUCUCGAGGAUCUUCGACGACAACACCGACUUGUCCAUCGACCGCUUCCCGCUCUCAGAGGCCCGGCCGGGGGUCAACAGCCGCGAGCAGCGGCGCCGGUCCCGACCCCCGCCCCACGGCCGGGUGCGGCAGGCCCGGGCGGGGCGCCUGAGGCCGGGGUGGGGACCGCGCGUCCCUCGGUCUCCGCCUCCUCCCCAGGCCCCGCCCCGCAAGAACCGUCCCCCAACUUCCGCAGGCCCCGCCCUCACCAGAUCCGCCCCCCCACACUUAGUUAUUCAGGACCCCCCCUCAGACCCCCACUUCCCCAGGCCCCGUCCCCGCCAGCACCGCCCCUUUCCGCGGCGGGCUCUGGCCCCCACGACCCCGUCGCCCCACCAGGACGCGGGCCCUGCUGCCACGCCUGAGCGCCAGCAAGCUCUUCCACCCGCCAGAGGUGCCAGCGCGGCCUCGUGCGAGCGCAGAGACCCACACGCGGGAGCUCCUGCCCGCGGUCUCCCAGGGCGGGCUGGGCGUCAGCGACUGCCAAGCCAAGGAGCACAGGGUUCCGGUGAGCGCGCGUGUGCUGGGGAUACCGGCCAGACCCCUCCUAGCGUGGACCGGGAUCGCCCGAUGGUGGCGCUGUCGGUGCAGAGCACGGCCGGGAGCGGAUUCGGCUUCCGCUUCCUCCGCGGCCCGCCCCUCACCGCGGACGCGUGCGGGCGGCUGUAG